AUGAGAAGGCAAGCUGCAAGAAUGGCGUCGAUUCAGACCAUGGCCGGAGGAGCCGAAAUACCCACCGGCGUCGAUGAAAAGACGCUUCUUACAAUCCCGAUAAUCACCUACACGGCACCUGAUUCGUCCAUGGAUCCGUAUGAAUGUGCGGUUUGUUUAGGUGAUGUGGAUAAUGGCGAUAAGGUCCGAUUGUUGCCAAAUUGCAAGCAUAUGUUUCAUGUCAAGUGUAUUGACGAAUGGUUCGUGGGUCACACGAGUUGUCCGGUUUGUAGGGUUCCGGUGGUUGCACCAGAUGAUGAGGCUCGUAGUUGCCCGGUUUGUAGAUCGGUGGGAGCGUUAACAGAUGAUCAUAAUACGACGUCGGUGGGUUCUACACCAGAAGGUCAUGAUCAUCAAACCGAUUCUGGGAUCGACGUUUUAGAUGGUAUUAAUGAUGGUGAAUUGACAUCUGGGCCAAGAGUUCGAUCGGGUGAAAUGCUUCGACAUUGUAAUUCCUUGGUUUUGCCAAGAGAAACGAAGGAAAUGUUAUCAGGAAUGGAGUUAAAAAGAUCGUUAUCAAUGGGGCAAACUGCAUGUGUUACCAUUGAUAUACAGCUAGACAAUGUGGACAAAGAUUGUCAGUAUUAUUCUUCAAUCAGGGAUCAAUCCAUCAAGGGGUUUCUACGUGUAUCCUCGAAGGAUUACAAGAAAUGUUUUCAAUGA